AUGGAGAGUAUGAAGUUAGGAAGGGGGCUUCCACGGCGUAUUGUUCGUGAAAUCUUCUCUAAACUUGUUAUCUCGGAUUUGCCCAACUUGAGACUUAUCUCUAAAACUUGGAAUGAUAUGGUUUUAGAUUAUGCAAAUUCCUCUCAUCAUGAAUUCCUUACAAAUGCCUUCUUUCUCAGCACAUGUGAUAAUCGUCUUGAUCCACGCAAUCUCAAGAUGCAUUGUAUCCGUUUUGAUACUACCAAACAUUUGGAUGUAGAUUUUGAUUUGGAAUCGGAAUGGACUAAAUCAUCCUCAUUAUGCUUUGAUGGUGAAUGGACCUUUAUGGCCAUUAUGAAUUAUUGUAGUGGCCUGCUACUUAUUUGUAAGUGCGCUAAUUACACUCGUUGUGAUGGCAUAUUUAAUCCUAUGACUAAUGAGUUUCUCCAAGUUCCUCGAGGUCAGUUAGAUAAUGAUAUUUAUUACUUUGGAUUUGGUUUCACCACUACAACGAAGCAAUAUAAAUUGUUUAGAGUUUGUGACUCAUUUUCUAGAAAUUGUGAGUUUGAAUCUGGCUCCAUAAUGGAUGUUUUGACAUUUAGUAGAAGUGGAACCAAUGCUAACCAUAAUCAAUGGAGGUAUCUCCAUUAUCUCCCUCUUGACAUUCAUAGUAAUGGUGCUUAUUUAAAUGGAUUCAUUUAUUGGAUAGGAAAAGAAGAAGAAAAAGAAAAUGAGUAUGCCAUAUAUGUUCUCGAUGUUGAAACUGAAAAAAUUGAAUUGAGUAUUGUGUUGGAAAUUUGUCCUCCCUUGUGUACUUCUAAGGUGGGGGGCAUGCAACAAUUUAAUGAUAGCGUUUAUGCAAUUUUUUUGAUCAAUCAACCAACUGGUAACUCCAUUCAAGUAUGGAGGAUGCAAGAGAAAGAUUUAUGGAUUAGAGAAUUUGUGGUUGAUGAUAUACCAAAUGAUUGGAACGUGCUUACUCUCAUCAAAGCCUUUGAAGAUGGAGAGAUAUUGUGUAUGGUUAAUUUUGAUUUUUUUUGUUGGUAUAAUCCUUUGACUGGGAGGAAGAAGAUCAUAACUAAGAAUGAAAAGAAGAUUAGAUACGUGUGUCAGAUACAAUCCUUGAAUUUUGGUUAUCUCCCAAAUAUUUUGGCAGGAGACCCGCCCGCCUAA